AUCCGCGGGACGUACGUACGUAGCUGCGCGUCUGCCCAGGCCGACAUAGAGAGGCUAUAGCUGGAGAAAAAGACCGGCCAUAUGGACUACCAGAACAAGUUCAGAGAGACGCUCAACAGAAAGACGGAGUUCGGGUCCGCAGAAGAAGGCGGAGACUACGACCUAGCUGAGAUUGACAGCGAUCUCCGGAGUUUCAAGACAUGCGUUGACAGUAUCGGAACUCCUCUGAACAACGACCAGAACAGGGCAGAGGUGAGGAGGCUCCGCUCUGUCAUCAACAGGAGACUCAGGGACUGUAACUCCAAAGUCAGACAGAAGGGGAAAGGAGUGGAGGCUCAGCAGUUGUCCAAGCAAAUCAACAACUAUGUAGAGAAGUUCGAAGAUCUGAUGAAACAGGAGAAGGAGAUGACCAGCCAACACCAACACUCUGUCAGCUACAACGUUGUAGAUUACUCAUCUCCGCAGGGCUCAGAAGCACCCAUCAUACAGACACAGGCCACUGCUGCAGCCGAUGUGGUUGCCAUGGAGAAAGACGCUGCUGAACUACGGGAUCUAGAGAAGGAUAUUCUUGAUUUGCAUGACAUCCAGAAAGAGAUAGUGAACAUGGUACAAGACCAGGGAGAGACUGCUGACCGCAUCGAGGUGCAAGUCAGCCAUGCUGCUAACAGGGUUGAAAAAGGACAGAAGAGACUAGCUGAUACUGUAAUCCUGAAGUCACGAAAGAGGAAGCUGUGUAUUGCCAUCUCACUGCUGGUUGGGAUUCCUAUUGUAAUCAUACUGUUGAUCAUCAUCAUCGUUCUAGCUGUACACAUACAAUAUUUUGGAGACUUGAACAGGAGACGAGUGAGAUGCAAUGGGACUGAGAAGGCGAGUCUCCAGAGCAUUGGUUCAGAUCUGGUGACACUCAGAGGCCACCUGAACAAGCUGGGCAGGUCCCCCGAGCCCACAUCUCUGAGAGAGACCAUCAGAAACCUCCGCAGCCAGCUCAAGAGGAAGAUCUCAGAGGAACAAGUCAGGCAGUCCAACCUCCUGGAACAACUCAGUGGAGACAAAGAUGAGUUGGGAGAGGAGCAAAAGAGAGAUUGGCAGCAGCUGCAGGCAUAUGUGAGUCAACUCUACCACCUCAUGGAGGAGGAGAAAGGUCGCCUCCAGCCACACCCCCAUACCGGAGAGGGAGAUGAACCAGACUUGGGAGAGAACCUCCUACAAGCCCUUCCUCUAAGCAACGCAGCACAGGCUGAGGGAGAUGCAGCUGAUCUCGACGAAAUACAGAGGGAUAUUACUGAUCUUCUUGAGAUUCAGAGCAACCUGAAUAGACUGGUCCACGGGCAAGGCAAAGACAUCGAUCUCAUUGGCCAAUGUGGGUGUGGCUCACAUGAGAGUGUCGAGAGGACAAAGGCCUUGGGAGAGGCAGCAGUACUGCGAGGGUCAUCUCGCAGGAAGAAGUGUUGCAUUGCACUGUGUGUCCUGGUGGCCAUUGCUGUUCCUGUCAUCAUACUAGCCAUCCUCAUACCAACACUCAUUCAUAUUCUAUCAUCAUAAUGACUAUAGCUCACAUUCAAGACUAGGAGACAUGCAGGCUAUGCCAGCUACACUACCUAUGUACCUAAUUGACUUUUGGAGUUAUAUUUCUUACCUAUAAAGAUGAAAGCUAGCUAUACA